GUAUCAUGGGUCAACCUCAUCCAACUCCUGCUGCUCUGCCUUCUAGCAGGUGUCCACGGUGACCUCCGCCAGAUCCAGGUUACUCUGGAGGCAGACAGGCCCUCUCUGAGGGUGCAGCUCUCUCACACCGCCUCCCUGCAAUGCUGCUACUCAGCCACAGGGGCCCCCGUGCAGAUCACCUGGGUCACCCGCCUCCACAUAGUCAACAGCACGGCCGGCCCGCAGCGAGUGGACCGGAGAGACAACCGUGUGACGGUGAAUGGGGUGAACUGGACGGCGGCGGGGGUCAUGUGUCACACACUCAUCCUGAGGGAAGUCCGUCUGAACGACUCAGGGUUGUACCAGUGUUUUCUCAACCACAGCGCCCUGUGGCCCUCAUUGUACACCCACGGCACCUUCCUGCAGGUCUACAGUGAGUGUGUGUGUGUGAAGCCCUCACAGUAAGCACCCACGUCACCUUCCUUCAGGUAUUGUGUGUGUAACCCUCAAAAGCUUCAGUCUAGACUGUACUCAUAGUACUUUGUUGUACAGUAUUUCUACUAUGUGUGUGUGUGUGUGUCAGUGUGUAUGUACGUGUGGGUGUCUGGGGGGAUGGGGUCAAACCAGCUAAGCAAUGGAGAAUGCUUUGUAAUCGACAAAUCUAGUUAACCACUGCCCAGUCCAGUAGAAUGCACCAUGAAUGGCAGUAUCUGUUCUUGUGGAUCACGUAGAUCAUCUGUGAUGGUCAUGACAACCUGCCCACGUAAAAGUUGGGUCCCGGUAGUGCACACAGAUCAGACCAGAUUGCAAUCCACCUAAAGCACCCAGACUUAAGUCACCAGAGAAUGGCUACAUUGUGUGGUAAUCCCUCUGAUUUAAUUCAAAUUACCAAUGUUGAAAUGAUAAACAAAUGCUUUGUUUAUAGUUUUUCCUUGGAAUGUGUGUGACAUAAGGAGCAUUGUUUUUUUUAUUUAUCUCAAAAUAUUCUCCUCUGUCUUGCUGCAAUCUGAUGCAUGGUACUCUGCCCCCCCCUUUCAUUCACAUCUAGCCUACAUCUCACCCAUGAAAGAGCAGCAGGUGAGUUCUAUUCUGAUGACCUUUAUCUGACCCCUCUCUCCCUGCUCAGGGCCGAUGGUGAAGAUUCUGGACAUCAGUGAAAGCACCAAGAACAGCAUCCUGACGGCUGAGGGAGUGUUACUGAUGGUGGUGGUGCUUCUGCAUGGUACCAUGAUGCUCCGUAAGGUCAGAGAGGCAAGCAGGCCACCUUUUCUACUCUAAUGCUAGGCUACUAGACCUAAUAUUCCUAAUUUACUCUCAUUCCAAUAGUGAAUUUUGUCAUUUGAAAACUCUGCUUUAACCAGAAGGACUAGUAUGUAUGGUAAUCUUACUAUAUGACGACAAUGGGCUUUUUUUCACACCAUUGUCAUGAGAAUUACUUAAUAUCAUGAUGUCAUUAACUUCCUCUCCUUUUCAAGACGAAGAAACGAAAUCAACUAAAGAAGAAAAGGGUCAAAGAGGAAGAGGAGAAUAUCUAUGAGGUGGGGCUUGAAUGAGAUCCUCUCUCUGUCUUUCUGUCAUAGUAACUGUUUUCACCAUUCUUCUGUCAAUCAAACAAGUCCUAGAAGAAGGGAAGAGGAAGUCAAACUAUCAUGACCUCCCUUACCUCAAUCCAUAUACAGGGUCUAAAUCUGGAGGAAUGCAGUUCCACAUAUGAUCAGAUCCAGCGCUCUCUGGUGCAGGGCCCCUACCAAGAUGUGGGAAAAAUGCUCAUAGAGGAGGAGGAGGAGGAAAUCCAACUGGAGAAGCCUUGA